UUAAGAAGUCCCCCGCUCUCGCUUUGUCUCUCUUCGAUUGUACGUACGUACGGAGGUGCUUACGUCCGUGUGUGCGAGUGAGUCUCUCUCUCAUUCUCUCUCUCGUUCUCUCUCGGGAUGUUUGUAUCGGAGUUGCACUUGGAAGUGUUGCUGGGCUCCCCACGCGCCAAUUUGCCGGUUAAAAGAGCGCAACGCCGGCGGUGACGUCAAAUAUUUUUGCCGAUCUUCUUCUUUUUUCAACUGGGUGAUCUGACUUCGGGAACACGAAGAGGACCUCUUCUCCGGGUCUAAAGUCUGUGUGGGUGACUGAAGGGGUGAGUGAGGGAGUGUAAGUGGGUGAGUGAGUGGUGCGUGUGGGUGCGUCUCCGACCGACUCACGGACUGACUGACUGACUGACUGGCUGACUCAGUGAGUGAGUGUGCCAGUCUCGUCUAUCUCUGGUUGCUCGUCUAAAUGAGCUUGAUGGCAGGAGAUCAUUCAUCGUAGAACCGGCCUCCUCCGUCACUCAUUUGUUGUUGUUGUGUUGGAACGAGUACACCCACCGCACGCUACUAUACGACUUGGAAUACUACUACGACCGCCACAGACACAACCGGCUUCGACCCAUCACAACCAUUUGAACCAUCACAAGGUCCAGUACUCCGACCAGGACGAGGACGACUCCUCAUCCAAGCAACAACACCACCAUAACCAACACGAGCACAAGCAGCACCACUAAUACAGGCACCACCACUAGCACCCAUCACCCAUCCAUCCAUCCUUCCAUCCUUCCAUCCAUCCAUCCAUUCCAUUCCGAGUAGGGAGGCAAGCGCGGCUCCUCGACGGUAGGAUUAGUCAGUCAUCAAGAGAUAUCGGGCCAAAUGGCAUCAUCUCCAUCCUCGUCCGACAACAACACCGACAAAUUCCACAACAAGAACAAGGAGGUGAAGAAGGUUUUGUCUUCAACUCUUCUGGGCAGUUGUUGUUGCCUCUAGUUCUAAGUUCAUUCUCAUACAACAUUAGCCACGCAUCCAUUCAACAAUCAUCUUGGCAUACUCUCAAUCGGUUCAACCUGGGCAAGCACUCACAAAAGUGGUUUGGUUAACCACAACACAAGAGGAAUUGAUCAAAUUUGACAAAAGGCGUCAAAGCGAUCGAUUUCAACCACCGGCCUCCACCAACGAUUGUGAACACCUAGACCGGGGUUGACACUUGAUAAGAGAGACUCCCAUCGGCCGCUGCCUACGCCACUGCCACUGCCACUACCAUCGCUGCAACAACAAUAGCAAUAAUAAUCACGCCAACAACCAGGGGCUCCAACACAUUCCGAUUGUGGCUUUUGAGGAUGUGAUCAAUGGCAAAAUCAUCGAGUGACAAUCGACAGCAUGCGGUUAAUACGAACACAAGCAGCGCGUACCCUCAUCGUUAUUCAAACGAGAAGAGCUGUUCAUGAAAGCGAUGAAUUGUCCACGAUCAUUUUCAAAUUAAGACGGGAUCUCGAUUCGCUCGAAUCUCACACCGUCAUUUGACGGAAUCCAUCUCAAACUUCUCAAGCCUUUCUUGGCCAACCAGUGCAAACUCACCCGUUUUCCCCAAGAGCCAAAAGACGAUUGCAUGUGAGAAAUCCACUCUGGAAAUGACCAAUUCUAGACACUAAGGUCUCCUCGUGGUUCGUCAUCGUUGUUGCCGUCGUCUGAGGCCAUGUACCACAUUCACAACUCCAUUGCCGCACUCAACUCGUUGCAUCACAACCCCAACAAUAACAAUAAUAAUAACAACAUCGAAGACAGCAAGCAUCACCUCAAGUUGAAUUCGAUCGCCUCAAGAAGCGGUAGUUCCUCAGGGUCUAAAGCGGCCAUGGCCACCCUACUCAAUAACCAUUCGUCCUCAUCCACCUCCUCCAAGUCCGGCUCUUCCAAUGGAGCCGACCCUGGACCGCCCAAUCCUCAGUACGUGGGUGGAACCCUCAUUAAGCAACAGCCGCCGGAUCUCGACGAUUCGGGGAGUGACAGUCCUUCGCCUAUUGCGGGUCCAAGUGUUCGAAGUGGGCCUCGAAGCGGUGGAGGCCGAGGGGUUGGACCUCGAAGUGGAUCGGGCGCCGGCUCGAGUAGUUUAGGGAGUGGAGUCAACCCUGAUUCCGCUUUAGUCUCUCCUAACCCCGACGGGGGUGAUGCUAGUUCCUCGUUCCUACAUUCAGAUGAAACUGCCCAAUACGAGGCGGACAAAAGACUUAUUUACAAACACCCUCUAUUCCCGUUGCUGGCUCUCUUAUUUGAGAAGUGUGAACUUGCCACCCAAUCUUCGGAAUGUCCAUCCACAGAGAGUUUCAACCUAGACAUCCAGGCUUUCGUUCAGCACCAAGACAGGGAAGGGAAGCCCUGUUUCACAGACAAUCACGAAGUUAACGAUCUGAUGGUCAAGUCAAUACAGGUCCUCCGAAUACACCUCCUAGAAUUAGAAAAAGUUCAAGAAUUGUGCAAAGACUUUUGUAAUCGCUACAUCACGUGCCUCAAAGGCAAGAUGCAAAGUGAAAACUUGCUCAGAAGUGACUACGGUGGCUACGAUAGUGAUGAUAGCGGGAGUGGGCGUGCUUCCACUGGUGCCCUGCCCAUUCAUCCUCCUCCUGGGAUGAUGCACCACCAUCCAGCUCUUCUGGGACCCGCUCCCUCGGCCAGUGGUCCCUACUACCACCACCCUGCAAUGCAUCACAAUGUAAGUACUAAGAGAAAGACCCAAGCUCAUGGAACGGUCCAUUGUCACCAAGUCCGUUCAUGGCGAUGGUAUAAAUGAAGUUGACCAUGUUCCAGGGACUGUAUUAGCAAAGCAUUGCCGCCCCCACUACCAACACCAACCAUCACAUGUGAUUUGGACCCAAUUUCUGACGGUGAAGCCAACUUCAAAAGUGCAUUUCCAAAGUUGAUCCAUUGUUCCGAAACAAACGUCCGCCUAGAGGAGGACUUUAAACCACCUCGUCAAUCCUGAUGAUCCAAUUUUAUCUUCUUCGAAAAAAAAUCCAAUACAUUUUUCCAUGUACUUGAAGCUAAACUGGAGAAACACAUUUUGUCAGAUUGGAAGAUUCCACUGGGCAGGGACGAGGAAAUACUUCAUCUAACUGAAGAGAACCAAGAUUGCUCUCCGAGUGGGACAAUUCAUUGAUUAUGAUUGACGAAUCAAGCUCACCAGCCCUCAAGUCGCGAUACCCGUUGAUGUCACCGAUUUUCAAGUCAUCUCCAUCGAGUCUUGGGAUUUGAACCUGCCUCUGGAUCCUUUUGCUUUGACUCCGAUCUCAAGUUUGGGAAAAAUUGUGCGAUUUCGAUGACCCACCAACUUGUUUUCCGUGGGUCGAAUUAGUGUGUCAGAAGAACAUGCUAGAUACGCCGCAAUUUUCUGUCUAAAUCGAAAGUAUCGAGGUAUUUGUCGGGUUCAAUCUGCCCUAGAAAGAAGAGAGAGAGCGAACACGUUGGUUUUCAAACUUGAGCAGGAUAUUCCUCAUCAAGUUUUUUGCUUACUAAUACUAUCAUCAACAAUAUCUGGAUUAUUGUUGAUGCGGUUGCUCCUUCUCCAACUCUCUUGAUUAUCACCACUAUCACUACUGCAACUACUACUACUACUACUAUUACUACUACUACUACUGCUGCUACUGCUUCUAUUAUUACUUCAAUUACUAUCAUUAAUACUAUUAUAGCUGCUUAUCUCCUUGUAAAGGAUCAAAACAACCUCCCCAAUGUUUGCCAAAGAAGCAAUGAUUCUAACAAUGCUACUUAUCACUGUAUUUUCCCGCUCCGCCCCGUUUUCCAAGCACUUUUCAUUUUGCACUUCUCGCGAUUAACGGUCAUAUUACAAGUCUUAUUACAAUUGUAACUGCUUCCAAGUACAUCUUGAAAAAACACUUAUGCAAACAUGAGAGUGCAUCUGAGUGAAACUCGAGGCGCUCUUCUGAUGGAAAAUUGAAAUCCUUCAACCCUUUCAACCGUUACACAUGACAUCUCUCUUUUACCUUUACCCAGAAACAGAAGCGAAUACGUGUGUACACCCAUGUGAGAUUAAGAAACUCCAGUGCAACGACACACCUACAAACACCCACACCCACCCACACACAUACUUAGAGACAUGAAUACGAAAUGCGAGCUAAUUGUUUAAUAUUACAAAUACCCAAGGAUUAUAGAGUUGAUUGUUGUCUAAAUAAAAGAAGGAGAGCCUGCCCGAAAUACAAGCAGAACUCUUCCAAGCAAA